CAGACAAAUAAUCAGUAUAACAUUACUAGCGGCAGGAGUAACACCUUGAGGUUUUCCAAAACAACAAGUUUAAAUUCGUUAGUCAUCCAAAAUCGUGUAAAAAUGCGUGUUUGUCGUCCUAAAAAAUGUAUCGUCGAUUACAGAAUUAUUGCAAUACGUCGUCGUAGAUCUCUAAUUCGCAUGCUAGCCUUGGGAGGACUCUUGAUGGGACAAACACGUGGAAUUCCAAAUCAGGGAACUCCCAAUAGCAUUGAGACACUUGGACCAGCAAGUUUGCGUCGCAGAAAUCGUAGAAGGCGAAUGCAACUGAGAGCCCGUAGACCACUAGGUGCCAUUUCAAUGCCCUCACUAAGACAUCCUGGCCAAGGAGCACGAUUACACCGGAAUAAUCCACUUUGGGGAAGGGCAAACAUUCUAACCACACCGUGUGCGUUGGUAGCAUUGAAUGAACUUGCGUUAGGGAACCACGAAUCAAGUUCGGUGUUGGUAAUGGCGCAUUAUUUGAAUCGGCGUUUUCACUUCACUUUGGCGCCAAGGGAAGAGCCACCCAAUGAGAAUCCUGGCGUUCAGAACCCAGAUGUCCAAGACGGCAAUGGCCAGAAUCUUUAUGCGGAUGAAAACAACAAUAUGCAAGGUCAAAAUUCGGAAGUUCCAGAGGCCAAUGUUCCAAAUGGGCAAGAUGCAUUGCAGGAGGAGCAUGAGGAUGCCCAUGAUCAGAAUCAAUAUAAUAACGAAGAAUAGCGAAUUACUAAUCAGAUAACUUUCUUAUUUUGCAUCAAUAUGUAUAGUUUUGAAAGGGUCUUCUAUUAUACAUAUUAUUUGUACCUUGAACCAAAUAUAAAA